AUGCUGUCGAGAAUUGCUCUGGAACAAGCACAGCCUAACAAGAUUUUAGCAUACCAUAAGGUGUGUGGUACUUCUUAUUAUGGCAAAUGUUCAAAUGAACAAUCUAAAGCCAAAGAAACAACAUGGUCGGCUAAACGUAACAUCCAUCAAGCAGCUCAAUUUUUGGACGAGUUACAUGUGGCGGCAGGUCUGCAAAAUGAUUACUUUGGUCAUAGCAUCAUAAAUCUAUCCAAUCAAAUACAACAGAAUUUGAAAUCGAAGAUCAAAUGUGUCAUUAUGGAUAAAAAAACCUACUUUAUGUCACAGGAAAUGAAUAUAAAUGAAAUCAAUGAUGCAGAAAUUCGCGAAAUAAUAUUCGAGCAAGAAGCUGCGGAUUUUGCCAUGAAAUAUCGUGCCAAUAUAUUAAAAGUAAAGUCUACGCCUUUGCCUGAAUAUUUGGAUAGUACAGCAUUGAAGAGAGGUGAAUGGGAAACGCCUCGAUGGGGUCACACUAAGCCAAGCAAACACAUUCUAUUAGGACUCACUAUGAAAAGUCUGACGGGCAGUGAGAAAGUGAUCAAUAUAUUAAGCAAGCUUGGGUAUUGUGUUAGCUACUCAACGCUCGUCGAAUUGGAGACAUCCGUGGCUUAUUCUUGUGUCGCGAGCAAAAAAUUAUGCCCCUCAAGUAUUUAUCCAACAAAUAUUUUACCGUUUGGAGUAGCAUGGGAUAAUUUUGACAGAUUUGUAGAGACAUCGGGCAAAGGAACAGCUGGAAAAGAUACGUUGCACGACACCGUAGGUAUAAUGUAUCAAAGCAUACCUACAAGGAUGGAAUUGGAGUUGAUAAACAGCACCUCUUUCAUCGACAAGAGAUCAAGUAAUUUCUUACCAAGCAUUCGUAAUGCACAAGAUCGCAGAAAAAGAUCUUUCGAGCUUCAGGGUUCCGAUGAUUUUCAUCACGCCAAACAAAGUCGCCCUACUUUCUGGUCAAGCAGCGUAGUGUCCACAACAUCAGUUCCUCAAAAUCUGAAAGCUAUAAAGCAAAUUAAUUUUUGUUGGUUGCUUUCACAAAAAUUGCAAGUACCAAACACGCCCAUGUGGGCUGGGUACAUCUCAAGAAUACUUAAAGAUGAAAGUCCUAUGCAAAAAAUAGAAUACUUGCUCCAAAUUAAUAGUUCGCCAACGAAUCCUGAUGUAGUGAAAGAGACCAUGUUAAGAAGUCUGCAGAUAGCAUCAGAGUGUGGAAAAGAAUAUUACAACGUGACAUACGAUUUAGCCAUGGCUAAAAUUGCUUUGAGAAUACAAAGCGCGGAGCCUCAAUUUUCGAGCCUAUUUAUUCACUUUGGCUCUUUCCAUACUAUGAUGUCGUAUCAUAAAGCAGUUGGCAAAUUCAUGGACGGGUCUGGAUUAGUGAACAUGUUAAUAGAUAGUGGCAUUAUGGCAAAUGGUUCAGCAUACACUUUUUUAAAAGGAAAGCAUUUUAAUCGAUGUCGUAAAUUCCACCCUUUAUUAUCUCUUGCUUUGCAAAUACUGCAUUUUGAAAGGUUCCUUGUUGACAAACAAUUUCCAGAAGUAGAAAUUGAAAAGCUUAAAAUGCACAUUGUGGAAUUCAAUACUAUAAACACAGUCAAUCCAAGAAUCACAAGUGUAAUUGCAAAUAUGGUAUUCGAUGAAUAUGAAAAAUUCAAAGAAGACACUCUCAAAGGGAAGCAUGAUUUUGAACUUUUCAAAUACAUGUUACCCAAACUAACAAACCUUUUUUUCACCAUGAAUCAUCAAAAUUAUUCGAGGUAUCUAACCCUUUACGCUGACAAAUUAAAUAAAAUAGAAGAAACGCAUCCCGGUUUAUUGAAUGAUUGUAAAGAAUGUCUGCUGGGCAUUCGCCGCACACUCAACCCGUUUUGUAGAAUACCUAUAGAUUUAUCAUUGGAGCAAACAGUCAAUGCGGAUGCGGCUUCCAAAGCCUCUGGUGUGAUUAAUUUAACUGACUCUUUUUCCGCAAGACAAAGAUGGUCAAUUACCCACGCAGUAAGAACGCAUGCGACAACAAUGAUGACGGAAUUAUGUGGUAUGAAAAAAGGAGACGACACCGUGAAAGAUUUAAAAAAGUCAACAAUACAGCAUUGGCGAAAAAAAUUGGUUACAUUACUUGACUUUAUGCAAAACUGUACCAAUCCUUUUUCAAAAAAUUUGGAAAAAUCACAUUUAUAUAACGUAUCAUCAGGGCAAACGGUUAGCGACGAAAUUUAUGAAUUCUUAUCAUCUGUGGAAUCUAGUGGAGAACAGCAACGCAACAAAUUUAUUUCCGAAUGCCUAAAGAAACCAGAAAGAUUUGAUCAACCCAUUUCUAAAAAUAAAAUUAUAAAUUUUAAUUUUGGUAACAAAAAAAAAGUCAAAAUUGCAGGACAGGUCAAAGAAAUAAAAAUACAGAGAGAUGUUUUUGGCAGAUUGCUAUGCGCAUCUCUCGAAAAAAACAUUGAUUUAGAAAAGGCCUUGAGUUAUCCUCUUGUUCCAGUGUCUUUUUCUUUCUGUCACUUAGAGGGCAGUAUUUGUAAAACCCAAAAAUCUGUCAUCAUAAAUUAUCUGAAAACAGCACAAUCAGAACACAUUGAAGUUCCAGAGGCCGAUAUUCACAUUAUAGAUGGAUUUUAUCUGUUACAUAGGUUGAAAAAUGUACCAGAUACUUAUGGAAAAAUUUCAAGCUUGAUUUUGAACAUAAUUUCAAAGAAUAGGAAGGAGGCACACAUUGUAUUUGAUUUGUUUCGAACACCCAGCAUCAAAGAUUAUGAGCACGAUAAAAGAGGCGAAGAAGAAAUAUAUUUUGACAUAAAACGCGAAAAUAAACGUCGCGUUGAAUUUAAAGAUUGGGCGAGUGAUGGUCAUGUACUUGCUUGCGUGGGCAAAAAAAUCAUGUUGAACUACGACAGAUGUUACAGUUAUAAGGUGUCCAAUAACAAAAUGCUGCGAGAGAUUGAUUAUGAUUUCACCUGUUUUCAUGAGGAAGCCGACACAAAAAUAGUUUUUCACGUAUGUCAGCUGCACAAAAAUUAUCGCGUGCAAGUGCAUUGUACUGAUUCUGACAUCCCCGUUAUAAUGUUGACGAAUUUUAAGUUCCGCAGAGGAAAUACAGAAAUAAUAAUCAAUCUCAGUACAAAACAUGAUGAGAAUGGGUCCACUAAUAUGAGCGACCAGGAAGACGAUGAUGAAAGUGAUUGCUGUUUCAGUGAAAAUGACGAAAAUGAUGAUAAUGACGAGAUGAGCGAUGAAUCAGAUACUGAAUAG